AUGAAGGAGCAAGAGAAAGGACAAGCGGGAGUCGACUUAGGGUCCGCUUCGGCACAACCGCUCGACGGCAGUCGACAGUCCAUCUACGAAGACUCCAAGACUGCAGAUGUCGAACAAGGAACCCCAGAAAAGCCACAAGGUCCACCACCAGGCGCCUUCGAUCCACGACAGAACCCUGAUGGCGGCUUGAAGGCUUGGCUAUGCGUCUUGGGAGGCUUCUGUUCCCUCUUCUGCUCCUUCGGCUGGAUAAACUGUGUCGGUGUCUUCCAGACUUAUUACCAGAUGCACCAGCUAUCUGAGUACGCUCCGGAUACCAUCGCAUGGGUUGCUUCGCUCGAGAUCUUCUUCAUGUUUUGCUGCGGACCUGUCAUUGGGAAGCUAUUUGACAACUACGGUCCAAAAUGGCUGCUUGUCGCAGGCACGGUACUGGAGGUGUUUGGUCUGAUGAUGACGAGCCUUUCGACAGAAUACUACCAAUUCAUCCUUGCGCAAGGCGUAUGCUCCAGCAUUGGUGCCUCUCUCGUGUUCUACCCUGCGAUGAGUACCAUACCUACCUGGUUCUUCCAGAAGCGAGGCUUUGCCUUUGGCAUUAUAGCUGGCGGCAGCUCCCUAGGCGGUGUCAUACUGCCCAUCAUGGUAUGGAUUCCUGCAAUGUUCGUCCUCACCCACAAAGCUGAUCCUCAUCAGGUCCAACGUCUCAUCCCAGAAGUCGGCUUCGCCUGGGCGAUGAGAACCACCGCCUUCCUCAUCUUCUUCAUGCUUAUCGUAGCGAACCUGACAAUAACCUCUCGACUUCCUCCGAAACCUACACCGUUUGACCUGUUCGAGUUCCUCCGCCCCCUGAGGGAGCCAGCGUUCCAACUCUUGGCGUUCGGCUGCUUCAUCUUCUUUCUGGGCAUGUUUCUGCCGAUCAACUACAUCAUCCUCGAAGCCAUCCACAACGGCAUGAGCGCAGACCUGGCCCAGUACAUGGUCCCGAUCCUCAACGCUGCAAGCUUCUUCGGCCGGACCCUUCCGGGCUUCAUCGCGGACAAAGUCGGACGAUACAACACCAUGUUCGUCAUGUGCUCCUUUACUGGCAUCAUCACCCUAGCCCUCUGGCUCCCAGCCAAAGCCAACGCCCCCAUCAUCGUCUUCGCGGCCCUCUUCGGCUUCGGCAGCGGCGCCUUCGUCUCCCUUGCGCCCUCUCUAGUCGCUCAGAUCUCGGACGUGCGGAAGAUCGGGGUACGGACGGGUACGCUGUUCGCUGUCAUUUCCAUCGCGGCGUUGAUCAGUCAGCCGAUUGGUGGCGCGUUGGUUACGAGGUGGGAUGGCGCGUACACGGGUUUGCAGAUAUAUGCUGGGGUGCUUAUGUGUGGUGGUGCGGUCGUGCUGCUGCUCGCGAGGAUAAAGCUUGCUGGGUUGAAGGUGUCGACGAAGUUCUGA